UACACUUUUAGCAAGUCUUCCCAUUGUACAUCAAUUAUAUAUUCUAAGAGACCAUUGAGCACCUUUAAGAUAUUUGAAAAUGGUCAAACUUUCAUUAUUUGGAUCAUCGUCGCUGACUAAUGUUUCCAAUUCGUCAGAAACAGAGAAUCAAGUUGAUGACAAUUAUGAUCGGGAGUCAUCUCCACAAGGAACAAUAAAUUCAGAAAAGGACAGUUUAAAGGAAACUUAUUCUAGAUUAUCGAAGCGAUCUACAUUGCUAGAGAGACUUCGAAACAACAAGAAAGGCUCCGAAUCGCCCACCUUAUCGCCUUCCAAUUCAUCAAGCACUUCUUCCCUUGCAUUGCCACCGUUAACCCCAUUGUCAUUACAUGGAUAUAAAUCUAGCACUAAACAUAAAUUACUUGACAAAGAGCUUGCUGAGAAUAUAAGGAACCUUGUUCCUGCCAGAUUCCAACUCUUUGACGACUGGUACUUGGAAUAUUCAUUAGAACAACAUGGUAUCUCCCUCAAGACGUUGUAUAAUAAUUGUAACCCAGACUACCAAAGAAAUUUGAAACGUAAACAGAAGCAAGAAUCAGGGUUCGCCGACUCUGUAGUCCUGUCUAUGGUGAUCACCACCAGUAAUAGUUCCUAUCUGAAUAAAAGACCACAUGGGUAUAUUAUGAUAAUAAAAGAUGAAACAAAUGCGAAAUUUGGAUGUUUCCUAAAUGAGAAUUUGAAACCAAUGGAACAUAAACGUUAUUAUGGUAAUGGUGAAUGUUUUCUUUGGAAAGUAGAGACUUUUGAUCCUAGAACACUUUCACAUCAUGACGAAAAAUUAGAAGAUGAAGAAAGUACACCAAUAUCUACACAAACUAGAUUUAAGGCAUUCAUGUAUACAGGGAUUAACGAUAACUUAAUUUACUCUGAUAGUUCAUUCAUUGCCAUUGGAUCAUCAGAUGGUCAGAAUGGGUUAUGGAUCGAUAAAUCACUUUACAAAGGGGUGAGUUGUCCAUGUGAUACAUUUGGAAACGAAAUCUUGAACGGGCAACAUAGCGGUAAGAUAGGACGAUUCAAAAUUAUGGGUUUAGAAGUAUGGCGCAUUGGUGAUUACAAUAAAAUUUGAAAUGUCUAACACUGCAGGACAGUAAAGUAUGUAUACAGC